CACGUGACUGUUAUGCGCUUCUCAGUGAGCCACUUCUGCUUUAAAAAGGUAGAGACUGUGACUGGAGCCCAUCGCCAGCAGUCACCACUGAGGUUUGACGAUGUGUGUCCGCGGUUUUCUGCUGUGUCUGCUCUCCGCUCUUCAGCUCGGCUCCUGGGCUCAGUAUGCUCCCGAUGAGGUCACUCAUCUUCCGGGCAUGACGUUCAAACCCAACUAUAGCCAGUGGUCUGGAUACCUGAAGGCAGGAACUGGGAAGUUUCUCCAUUACUGGUUUGUUACUUCUCAGAGGAAUCCGGCCGAAGACCCCCUAGUUCUCUGGUUGAACGGAGGUCCUGGCUGCAGCUCUCUGGAUGGAUUUUUGUCAGAAAACGGACCAUUUCAUGUUAAUGAUGAUGGAGCCACUCUUUACGAGAACAAAUACAGCUGGAACAGGAUUGCCAAUGUGCUGUACCUGGAAUCCCCUGCAGGAGUUGGAUACUCCUACUCUGAUUCCCAGCAAUAUGGCACAGACGAUGAUCAGGUCGCUGAUGAUAAUUACAAAGCCCUUCAGAGUUUCUUUGCCAAGUUCCCAAACUUCACCCAGAACGAGUUCUUCAUCUUUGGGGAGAGUUACGGAGGCUUUUAUGCUCCCAUGCUGAGCCUGCGUGUGGCCAAAGGAAAGGCUAAAAUCAACUUCAAGGGCUUUGCAGUGGGCAAUGGUCUCAGCAGCUUUGCUCUCAAUGAUAACUCUUUGAUCUACUUCGGUUACUACCAUGGCCUGUUUGGAGAAGUAUUGUGGCGUGAUCUGAAUACGAACUGCUGUGAUAAGGAGAAAUGUAACUUUUAUAACAGUACUUCUGAGACCUGCAAGACAAUGGUAAAUGUAGCUUUUGGUAUUGUGUAUGAAAGUGGACUCAAUGAGUAUGCCCUCUACCUGGACUGCGAGGGGCAGAGAGCGUACCACAAAGGAUAUCAAAGGGCCAUGAGUCAUCUGUUUAGGAACUACAAGAUAAACCCACGCAGCUACAAGCUUUUAGAUUCUAGGACGUCCUCCAUUUCUUUAAUGGGGGUCCCCCCCUGCAUUAACAGCACUGCUCAGACAAACUGGCUGAACAGGGGCGACGUGAGGAAAGCUCUGCACAUCCCAGACACUCUGCCAGCUUGGGCUCUCUGCAGUGAUGAAGUUGGAGAGCAUUACUCAAUCUUGUACGAGAGCAUGAAGGAUGUUUAUCUAAAGUUGCUCUCUCUGGACCUGCGUGUGCUGGUCUAUAAUGGAGACACAGACAUGGCCUGUAACUUCCUAGGAGACCAGUGGUUUGUGGAGGAUCUUGGCUUUAAGGCAACCAGCAGCUACCAGAAGUGGAUUCACGACAACCAGAUUGCCGGUUUCUAUCAGCAGUUUGGAAACAUCACUUUCCUGACGGUUAAGGGUGCAGGCCACAUGGUUCCUCAGUGGGCGCCAGGUCCUGCUUUCCACAUGUUUGAGUCCUUCAUAACAAACGGUCCCUACUGAGUCCUCCAUGCUCUACAACCACAAUUCAAGAUGUACAUAUUUUUUUUUCUCUCAGGGAAGAAUCAUUCAUUGUGCAGAAGACUGAAGCAAACGGACAUACUUCUAGUUGUUUACUACUCUAAUCUGAACACGCAGUGUUUUUAAUUUGCUGUGGCAGGUUCUAAGAUGAUGAAACUAUUCAGUUUGUUGGAUCAUCUUUACCUGUCAUAAUAAAUGACUGUCAUUAAACUACACAGGGGACAUGUAUUUAAAAAUGUAAUCAAAUUACUAAUCUUAUCUCAGGGGUGAAAAAAAAAAUGCUGGAUAAUGAAUCCUAGAUUCACAUUGAUUUUGUUUCCACAAGGUAUGAGGGAGAGGCAAUAUUGAAACUUUAUUAGCAACUUCAAGCUGUAAGAAUAAGUGUACAAAAGAAAAGGGGAAGUGUUUACAAUUCAUUUGCACAAAUUUAACAGUAUGUUAGUCUAAGAUAGUGUCUCCAGUCACUUCAAUGGGAAAUAUUUUUUCCUCUGUACUAUUGCAUAAAUUGAGUGGUGUA